AUGUCCAUUAUGGCUAAACAAGAUAAGAGACGUAAGCAGGUGGAGAGACAGCUUAUCGACAUGCUUAAUAGCAGAGUCAACGAAAACCGGUGUGGAGAGUGCGGAGCAGCAUAUCCAACUUGGGCAUCUUAUAAUUUAGGAGUAUUCCUCUGUGGAAGAUGUGCAUCUGUCCAUAGACGUGUACUUGUACCCGGAAAGUAUUCAAGAGUUAAAUCUCUUAGUUUGGAUGAUUGGUCAGAUGAACAAUUGGACCAUUUGGGGCGUUUAGGGAAUAAACGGUCUAGAAAGAGAUGGAACCUGAAAAGAGUCCCCUUUCCUCAUGAUGAUGAUGAUGAUGGACCUAUUGAGAUUUAUAUGAGAGAAAAGUAUAUUCAAGGGAAGUAUCGUGAUACACCCAUUGAUCCAGCAGAAUACAGUGAUCAUUAUCUGAACUUUGCGGACGAAGCGUCUACCACCGGAAGCAGAUCUAGACUGAAUAGUCAUUUCAGUCAUACUAGUGAAGGUAGAAACAGAAGCAAUACUGCUAGUAAGUCGGUUCCUAAGUUGACUCAUAGAAAGUUGACUACUUUUGAGAACACCCAGUAUCAGAAAAAGGUUCAACAAGUGUUGAGUUUCGGAUACACAGACCGUGAUAGUGUUUUGGAGAGUUUAUUGUUGAGUGAAGGUGAUAUUGAUCUAGCCUUAGAUAUUCUACAAGAAGAUCAACGAAUAAACCCAAAUGCUGAUGAAAUAGCUCCAUCUUUACCCAAACGUUCUGCCCAAUCUAGUUUGGCACCAUCGCAACCAACUGGAGCAGCAAGUGUGGCCGCUGCAUCUUCAGCUACUUCUAGUGAUUGGUGGAGUAGUAACGGUAACUCUGGAGCUGCUACAGCUGCUGCUAUUACCGCCAAUCCUCAACAACCUCAAAUUUAUCAAUAUACCGAUCCUGUCACAGGUCAAGUGACAUACAUUGACUCGAACGGUCAAGAAUACUUGGACCCAUCCAAUCCACAACAUCAGCAAAUGUUGGUUCAACAAACGAAUCCACAACUAAUGGCACAACAAACAAAUAAAGCCAAUAUCAUGCUGUUGUAUAGUCAACCCACAGCCUUCACCACUACCAUGGCUGUUCCCGUCCAAGAUAAAGGUGUAUCUCAGCAAGCACCACUUCAGCAACCACAACAGCUGCAGCAACAACAAUUUGGAGUUCAAAGUACUGGAUAUUUUAUGGGAGGGCAACCAGGUGUUGCUGGAAGUUAUGGUUAUCAAUUUCAACAAGGUAAUCCACAACAACAGCAAAAUGGAUUUCAACAGGGAUAUUGGGGUCAGUAA